AUGCCUCUGACCUCCAAGUUCCCAAGCCCAUCAGCUUUCGAGCGCCUUCCUUUUGAGUUGAAUGCAACAGUGUUGUCAUAUCUGUCUAAUAAGGACAUAAAAAAUCUACGCUUGACCAGCAAGGCCGUUAAAGCAAAGGAAUUCCUACGCCUGAAGAGAUCUCGGAAUCAAAUUACAGAGAUUGUUUGGGAUGAUGUGCGUCUUUCUUACGGGCAGCGGAUAGAUGACAAGUAUCUAUCUGAGGAUGAAGAUUCUCCCCCUCCUCCUGAGCGAGGGGUACCGUACUGGUAUGUAGUUGCGUGCCAGGAAAGCAAAGGUACUUUAAUCCGCACAAAGGAGGAAAGGAAAGUUUAUUACCAGCAGCUACUUCCACAGCAAGAUGAAAUGCUUGUUUUUGGCGCUGAUAUCGAAGCAUAUCGAUCUGGAUUAGAGCAGUUUCCACAUCUGAAAAGAAUUACGCUUACUGCAGCAACAUGUGGAGUCCUUGAUCAUCCAAUGUAUGCGACUCCUAUGAUACGAGAUUUCCCGCCUGGCUUCACUUAUCCAGCUGAUCGUGCCACUUGGCCAGUUCCGGGAGAAAGCCUUCAACCUUAUGAAUGUAGUAUAAUACCCAUUGGCAAAUGGAAGACACUGCGACCUUUGGGUCUUUCAGGGGUAAUUGUUGAUAUAGAUGAGUUGAUCUCUAUGCUUGCUGCUCAGCCCGCAACGCUACGAUCUGUUGAGCUAAGCUACCUGUUCUUCAGGACGGAAGGCGAGUUUGGGUAUUACCACCUUCUCGAUGCUAUGUGUGGGAAGGUGGGAUGGAAGGGACAGCGAAAGGCCACGCAUGCGUGGCCAUUCAUCAUGGGGGAUCGGCAAUUACCGGGCAUAUGA